GGAAGCGACAAAAUUCAGAGAUAGGCGAUCUAGCAUACGCCAAGGUCUGAAGGAGAGUCCAAGUCCAACAGCGAUAUCCAUGCUGCAUCACUGAAAAGGCCCACGCGGAAUGGGUUGGUUCUUUCGUUCUUUUUGUACCUUUUUUUUUUCUCUUUUCUUUUCUUUCUUCCCCCCUUUCCUUGUGUCAUCCUUGUGCAGGGGUCAUGCUAAUCUUCUCUCGUUCGUUCCGAUUUUAACGGAUGUCGGGAAGCAGGUUGCUGUCCGUCGUUGCGUAGAGAAGCGCUAGCGACCAUGAAGGAGAGGUUACGGUGGCAGCCAGAAGAAGACAACCUUCUACGGUUGUACGUGAAGCAAUACGGGCCCCAAGAUUGGGGGCUUAUCCAGGAGAGGAUGGGCAAACCUUUGGCAAGGGAUGCCAAGUCCUGCCAGCAGAGAUGGAAGAACUACUUACGCCCUGGCCUCAAGAAAGGUCCAUUAAGCGAUGACGAGAAACAGCGGGUGAUUGUGCUGCAAGCCAAGUACGGCAACAAGUGGAAGAAGAUUGCCGCUGAGGUGCCUGGACGAACAGCUCGUCGUCUCAACAAGUGGUGGGAUGUUUACAUGGCUCAACUGGAGGCUAAGCAACAACAGGCAAAUGCCGCCAAGGUAUCCCAAGCGUUUGACCAACCCUACCAUAGCAGCAUCCUUUCCCGGUACGCUGAAAAGCGGGGCUGCAACUGGGAACAUUUGCCUUUGUCUACGCCUCCAACAUCGAGCUCUUUACCUCACAAUCCUUAUCUCAUGGCACUGUCUUCAAAUGGAGUGCUGGUUCCCUCAUGUUUCCUUGCCUCCUCCUUCUCCAGGCCGCGAUCGGAAGUCUGCAACGCCGAACAGCUAUCGUCGACUGCUCCAGCAGUACUGCAGUUUUCCACCCCUCAAACGUCUGGCGACAAAUCUUCAACCAACGCUGCUCUUCGCGAUGACCAAUGUCCCAACCAAAGAACCGAGCUCCUGCCCCUCAUGUCGUCGUCGCCUGGAGCCGACUCGUCAUCACAUGGGGGAACAGGUGCAGUGCCAUGCCAUUUGUCCGUAUCACCUCCAACUUCUGAACCAGAUUCGGUCCGCUCCGCGGUGAACCCAAGGGCAGGAGUAAUCACUCCUGGGCCCUCUUCCCUGCCCUCUUGGAUUCCAUCUAUUUCUUCGCCUGCCAAGGGUACCGAAGGGGACGGUGCUGACUUACAACAGCCCGCUCCCACAGCUGGCCGUGACAGGAAUCGAUUGCCCGCUGUUGUUGAUGCCCAGGAUAGAGGAUGUCUAGAGACGCAUUAUCCUGCACCAAGCACACCUGUCUCCUCUCCAGCAUCCCCCAUACCCGCAUGGAUGUCCUCUUCUGGUGCGAGUUCAUCCACAUCCACUGCGCCAGGCCCAACACUGCCACUAACGCUCUCUCUCGCGUCCCCACAAACACCAAGUUCGCGAGCACCACCUGCUUCUCGUUGUCAGUACGCAUCCUCCUUUCAACCGUUGGCGAAGCCCUUGGACCAGGGUUCGGACCAGGAACGGGGGCAUGGCGAGGGUCAGGACAAUCAGAACCAGGGCCAGGACCAAUCACCCUCCACACAGACAGCAAACUCAAAGAGCCUGGGCGGAGGAGGCUCUUGCAGCCCUGCAUCAAAGGAGGGUGGGAGCACCUCAACCCCAGAUAUGGCAAAUGGCGAUCACCGGUUAUCGGCCAAUCGUUUGCGUCACGAUGAUUGUCACGAGCAUAGUCAUCGUCACAAUCUGCAGCAGCUGCAGCACCAGGUGGGCAGUCUUCUUCCACAGCACGAACAUCAUCAGACGGGGACUUCACAGCUGACGUCCCCCCCGUCCAAUUCAGCAACGCUUGGCGCUCUCUUUUGUGGACCACCAUGCAUUCCUUGCCCGAAUGGCAUCGGGAUUGGGAUUCAGCUGGGUUCUUCCGCCGGGGUCAGACUGCCAGCUGCAGGUGCUUGUAUGCCUGGGACUCCUCAGUGUUGGCACGGUGCUGGAGUCAAGCCAGGGGAAGGAAGCAACGCCGAGACAUUCAUGAACCCGGAAGCUACCUCGCAGAUUUGUCAUGGGCUGGUCCAGGAUCUGGGAAGGAUAAAGGAGGAGUUGUUUAAUCACAAGAAGGAGAUGGAGUGGAAGCUGAAGCGACUCGAGCAGCAGUUUGAAUCUGAGAAGAUUCAGAAGAAGAAGCAACGACUGGAACAGGUUGAAGCUCAGAUUCGGGCUUUGCGUGACGAGGCGAAUCGGUACUUUGAGGAGGUCGACAAAAGAUACCACCAGGAAUUCAUGGACCUCAAGCGAGAAGACGAGAGAAAGGAGAUGCAACUCCUUGAGAGGUGGGAUUUGAAGCAUCGAGAAAUCGUGUGGUUUUCUGGUCAGCAGCUCCCUGCCGCCGGCCAAAGAAGCAGUUUGGAAUCAUCGGAGCAUAUCGCUGCCAAUGACGUCGAGGGUGGUGCGUGUGAGGCCUCUGCUCUGAGAGUUGCAGGAAUGCAAGGGGCCCCAGGAAUGGGAGGACCGGAAGGAGGCGAUGCCGGCAUCACAGCCUUUCAUGAUUGCACCAGUUGAUAGGGUGCUCAUUCCCAUAUGCUGCAUGAAAGGUCCUGUCAGUUGUUUCCCCCCUCCAUUUCCUUUCUCUUCUUCUCCCCCCCCCCCCUCCUCCUCCAUUUCCUCACUGGCUUUCAAUAUAGAAUAA